ACAAUGAGUUGCCGGGUUGUGACAAACUGUCCCGGGGCAUGUGAUAACGGUUUGGUCGUCUAGAGAAUGCGCGGUCGCCCCAGACAGAGAAAAUGUUUUUAUCACUGUUUUCUUCGACCUGUGCCGGUAUGAAAAAUUUAAUGACUGUGUUAUGACCACCUGCAGACAAGAAAGGAAAGUAAUUGAAAAAAAAUCUUCGACAUCUGUGUUCACCAGUUCCGACCUUUCCUAUGUGCCUCUCCCUCUCCCCCCGUGUGUCUCUACCGUGUGGAUUUCUUUCUACACUCACAUAAGAUCGUAUACAGCCUUGUUUCUUGCUAAUGAUCAAGUCCCAGAGCAGCUGAACAUUUCACCUUGAGUCUUCCAGACAGCAGGGAACUGACGACUAGAACAUCUCACAAAAUUAAGCUUAUUUUUGGGGUUUAACUGCCAGUUCUCUCAUGUGAGCAUCCUCAUGACUUAAAUUCCUGUCAUGAGUCAGACUGUGGUGUCAGCUUUAACACUUGCGCUAAGAGAUACUGGGACAGCUGACAGAACACUGCAGGCUUCAAGCCUGGUGUCAUCUUCUGACAAAUGUCUUGGUAACUGCUCCGGGCAUGGUUCCUGUCAAGACGGCCAGUGCCUUUGUCUGGUACAAUUCUCAGGUGGCACAUGUCAUGAUGUCAACAUUGGCUACUAUGUGGCUUUUGGCAGUAUUUUUGUACUACUAGGUUUGGUUGCCUUUAUUCAGCUGGUCUUGUGUAUACACUAUGAGUAUGUGAAAGAAGAUAAGCGCUCCCUACGCCAGGCCUUUAAGGUGACUGUGCAAAAGCUUCUGCUUGUCUCUGUUGUCUGUGCCACUGCCAUUAGAGGAGCCUACUUCUUUACCAAGUGGCAGGUUUCAGAUGUCGUGGCUUACAGUCUUUGGAGUGCUUAUUUUCCGUUCAUCAUCACUGGAUUUUCUCUCAUUGUCUGCUUCUGGGCAGAGGCCUUCCACAUUAGUGCAACUCCCACAAAAGAGCGACAGUUUCUCAGCAAGUCAUCCAUUUUCUUCAUCAUUUUCAACAUUGUUCAGUACCUUGUUCUAGCAACAGAGCUGAUCACUCCUGAAGUCAUUGAUGAUGAAGACACCAAGGCUCUGAUUCUGAGGGUGUGUAAUGGUAGCUUUGCGUUACUGAUGAUAAUUGUUGUUAUCUUCUUCCUCAUCUAUGGUGUGGAAGUUUACUUCAAGGUACGUGGAGCCUUCCGAGAGUCAGAGAGUAAUCUGGACACAUGGCAACUACAUAUGUCACGCCUGGGUCUGGUUGCCCAGGCAACACUCCAGUUGAUCACAGCACUGUUUCUAAUCUCUGAUGUUGCAUCCGAUGUGUGGAAAGACAAACUGCCAGUACUGAGUCAGAAUUUUUAUGACAUUGGUUUUCGUUUGGUGGAAUUUGGUGUUGCACUUUGGUUCCCUUGUGUGUUGUGGAACUGUGGACAGCCUGAGGAACUAUGGGUUUUGAAUCCCAGGCGUAUUUUUCGAUCAUUUGAAUUUCACAAGCAGCAGGGUGCUGUGGUUAAAGAGAAUGUGCCUAUCAGGCAAGAUGAGACCAGCUACAGUACCUUCAGAGUGGAUUCCAAAUUGGACUGCUGGAUCUGCUACGACCCAGACCGGGGAGAUGCUGGCAGUCUUAUACAGCCCUGUGUGUGCAAAGGAGACAUGGCCUGGGUUCAUCACGAAUGUCUCAAGAAAUGGCUUAUUGAGAGUGCUUCCCCUGACACCAGCCCAGAGUGCAGAGUGUGUGGUCAAAAGUAUGUGCUGGAGGCUUCUUACUGGAUUCCAAAGGGCCUGAGGCCACGGCAUUGGCUACAGACCUUCAUGGCUGUUUUAGUGAUCGUGGGCACACCUUUUGCCGCUUUUUCCAUCUGUCGUGCAGUGACCAUUUCCUCCUCCUAUCCUCAGGUGCUCACCAUUGGCCUUGCUGUGCUGACAGAGCUUGUGGCCCUCAGGAUCUUCUUCACAUAUGCCAGAUCCUUCUGUCAAAAAGCAAGUGUGGCUACUAUGAGAAUUAAAGGAGAAAGGGCUCAAACUGAUCAUGUCCCUGCACCAACUGACCGACCAUCAGAAGCAUCCUGUGAUGUAUGCAUCAUCACGAACACCACUGGCACCUCUCCUCCACAGGACAUGAAUUUGCAGUGCAUCACUCCUGGCACUAUGUCAAGCUAAUUUUGCUAGCUACUGGAUAGAUUCAAGUCAUACAUAAUAUUACCUAUGCUUGUCUGCUAAGUGUAUGUUCGUUUAUCUUAUGAGUCACAUGAAUUAUCACAACACAGACUUUUCAUUAUUAAAACAAAUGCUACCUUGAUUGGUAAUUUAGAGCCAUCAUUCUAUGGAGAUGUUUUGUUUUAUCCGGAAAAUAAGGAAAACAUUUUUAAAAAGCCUCUAUAGAAUGAGGCUCACUAUCCAAUUUCCAGAUUCUCUCACUAAGUACAUUUUCUUUGCUGGAUUGCUUCCAGCCAAUAUAUUUCUGUGAGCUAGAAGCAACGUAAUGAAAAGUGUACUUUCAAUGGAAAUUAUUUUAUACAAAGAUAUUUAAGCCAGAUCUCAGAUAAAUAAACUUGUAAAAUGACUUUCUGAGGUCACA